CAAAAAGGAUAUGACCUUGGGAAUUUCUGUAUCCUCAUUAGACAGACGGGGAAACACUUCCCCUGUCCUGAAAACAUCCGCUGAUAGUUUCCCCCCUCUCUCACAUCAGGAUCAUUGGCCCGACAUCAUGCUCUCAGCACAGUUUUGCACAUUUGUCUGCAAAAACUGUCACCAGAAGCACCAAAGCAGGCUGCGUUUAUGUAAAAAAGACACAUUAUAGACUAUUUAUUAUUUUGACCCUGAUAGAAAAGCUGCUCCCCACAGUUCCUGCUCAUUGUUCCCUUAACACCGUUUCCUCUGGGAAAUUUUCAGCCUUGGGACUGGGAACUGGACGAGGAUAAUUACUGGAAGCCCUGCACGGGGGCAGGGACUGUGCUGGCUGUAAAUGGCCCUUUUCUUUCGGCCUGAUUGGGCUUGGACCACUCCCCCUCGUUGCUCCUCCAUUGGUCCGAGCCCACAUCAAUCUGGUGAUUUCCAAGUGCCUCUCAAGUUUGAAACUUUUUUUUACGAGUGGGAGGACUCGAGUUACAACAAACUGUGGUAACUGAUCGCGCAGCAGCCGAGGGAAGAAAACACGCGUUCAAUAAUUUACACAUCUGUGCCGAGUCCACGGUUACAGAACAAAAACUGAAUUAAACAGCAGCGAGGACGGGACGUUUCACAGCCCACACGCAGCAAAACAAGUGGAAGAAAACCUAAAUAUGCUGUGAAGUGACUUUAUCGCCUCUGCCAGGAUGAAGACUUGAGACAUUUCGCUCACAGUACUAACUUGCUGUCAUCUGGCUGGCUGACCGCUCCUGUGUCCCCGUGAAGCUGAGAGUAAGACUUGACCAUGGACUCCUUCAGCACCAAGAGCCUGGCCCUGCAGGCGCAGAAGAAGCUGAUGAGCAAGAUGGCCACCAAGAGCGUGGCCAACCUCUUCAUUGACGACACCAGCAGCGAAGUGCUGGACGAGCUGUACCGCGUCACCAAGGAGUACACCCGCAACCGCAAAGAGUCCCAGAAGAUCAUCAAGAACUUGAUCAAGAUGGUGGUGAAGCUGGGAGUGCUCUACAGAAACAACCAGUUCAACAGUGAGGAGCUGAUGCUGGUGGAGAACUUCAGGAAGAAGGUCCACACUCUGGCCAUGACGGCGGUCAGUUUCCACCAGAUCGAGUUCACCUUUGACCGCCGCGUCAUGAGCGCCAUUUUGAAUGAUUGCCGCGACCUGCUGCACCAGGCCAUCAGGCGCCACCUGACAGCCAAGAGCCACUCGCGAGUCAACCACGUCUUCAAUCACUUCGCCGACUGUGACUUCCUGGCGACUCUGUACGGGCCCUCGGAGGUUUAUCGCGGCCACCUGCAGAGGAUCUGUAACGGGAUCAAUAAGAUGCUCGACGAAGGCAACCUCUGACCUCUGCCUCGGCGUUAGGCUCGUUUACCUCGACUCACCCCCGCCCCCCAUGAAGCAUUUCUUCUUUUUUUGAGACGACGAUCAUGAACAAUUUUAUUUUUCCUUUGUUUGUUUGUGUUUGCGUUUACUGUAACAUCGAAAUUUGCUCGGCAACUUUGUCCAAAGUAUAUUUCUUUUUCCAGCCUUCCUUUUUAAUGAAUGUAAAACUUCAUGCUCUUAUCUCUAUAGCCUUGACAACUGUGCCUUAAAUAGCAUAUUUUAUCUUCGUUCCAAGGGCUCGCUUUCUCUCUGUCGCUUCAAAAAGGCAAGAAACCAGGCACAGGCCUCCAGCUGUAUCUGUUAAAUGGACAAAAGUGGGUCUGGGAGCACAACGAGGAGAAGAAGAAAGUGAAUUUUCAAGGACAAGAAGAAGUUUUACUGUCUGUUUGCUUUUUCCUGAAAGUAGUGUUGCACUCGAUCCCAAACAAGCGCUGUACUGUAGUGAAACCAUGUGAACGACAGCAGUAAUCCUGCUCAGCCAGCAUUUUGCGGCUCUCGCCAUCAUGCACUGAACUCUGCUUUGUAGAGGAGCGUGGCUUUUUGUUUUGGAGCCACUUAUAAGCCCACAUUUGCUUCCAAUAGCCUGGUUUAUAGCCACCACAACAAAGGCAAAGUAUUUGGGUCAUGGGGGGGAUAUAAACUCGAAGGAAUUUGAGCGUGCUGUGUGUUGUUGAUUGCCUCUGCGCCGACUCAAAUGUCUCGCCGCCUGGACGCUCAUCUAGCCUGAAAAAUCGUGGUGAGGGCGGUGCACAAUGUGGCACCAGGUGCAAAGAUUGCUCUGGCAUUUUGUCAGAAGGGAAUUGAGCGCCAACUCGGUCGAACUGCUCGCCAUAAUGGAUGCCGGUAGUCCGGGGUCAGCUGUGUUUCAGGUUAGGGAGCCUCACGUUUAUCCUUAAAAGCACUAAAACUCCAGUUCAAAUUCUGACUGAUCCCAACUAAAAAGACUCCCCGUGAGCAGGCAGAUGAAAGGCCGGGCGAAAAACCGCAGCGCCGUGUCUGUGAAGAGCACCGGGCAGAGCGCGGAGAUUAGAGCAGAGACAAACACAGCACCUGAUUGUGCUCUCCCACUGCAAUUAUAGCUCCCCGCUCCGAGGUGGCAUAAUGGCUGGGAGCCGGCCUCCGUCGAGCAGCCACUCCAUUUCACCACACGGCAGCCUCGUGUGAUGAGAUGGGGAUAACAUCUCUGUCUGCGCGAUACCAGUCCUUCUAAUGGAGUGAAAGUGAUGUUGUUUCUUCCUUACAAAGGAGUAUAUGAGUAGUUACUACUACCCCUCUCCAACCUUGCAUAAUGGGCAUCUUUCCUUUUUUUGUCUGUGUGUUUUUGUAUCACUGAGCCUGUCUGGGAGAUUGUUUUGUGCUGCGGCCUCAUUUUGUAUUCUGCGUGUGUGUGUGUGUGUGUGUGUGUGUGUACCUGUGAGAGAAUUGGAAAUUGAGCCGUGUAAUAAGCGCUGUGCAUUCCCAGAUAGGAUUGCUGAAACUUUAACUUCUUCUGCAGCAGCUCUGCCAAAGAGAGAGAAAAGAAGGGACUGGUGUUACUUAAAAAGCACUUUUUUUUUCUUUUUUUUUCCCCCGGAACAACACUUCAGAAAACGGUGUGCACUUGAUCGUUCUAACCCAUUAUUGGUGAAAAUGAAGGCCGAGGUGGCGGCUGUUGUCAUUUUAGUUCUUUGCCGGUUUAAUUGUUAGACGACUUCUCAUUUGUUAGAUUCAUUUAAGCCCAACGUCAUCAUUUUUGGAAGGCUUUGAAGUAAAUCCUUUAAUUGUCUUUAAAUGCCAUUUUCUCCAAUCCCUCCUCAUCUCAGGGCGAGUUUAAAUCUCACUCAUUCUGAAAUCCACCAAAAAGCAGCACGAGCCCCUCGAAACCGUCGCACUUAUUUUACUCAAACGUGCUUUUCUUGUUGCAUUUUUACUCUUGUGACUGUGGUGAGUGUUUUUAUUUUCACUCGUGUACAUAGGAUUGUGUUUGUGCGUGUCUCUGUAUCCGGACACAACAAAUUUAAUACAAAAGCUUUUU